GAGAGGAAGUAGGAGGAGAUAAUCAGGGUUCAGAAGAGAUGGCAUUGAGACAUGGAGGGAGUCAAACACAGAAUGAAAGAAAGGCAUCAGCAUUGAAGAUCAGAGAACCCACGGCCUCUGAGAGAACAAUUGUAGUCUCUGGUCUUCCAGUUGGCCUUUUAAAAGACCAGCUGGUGAAGCAUUAUUUCCAGAAUGAGGGUGGCCACGUGGAAGAGGUGAUAUAUCCAUCAAGAACCAAAGGAGUUGCAUAUAUCAUAUUCAAAGAAAAGAAAGUUGCACAGAAUAUCAUCAGACAAAGGAAAUACCCUCUGGCUUCAAAGCCUCAGCUCACAGUCUCUCACUUCAGUGAAAAGGUCUUCAACUAUGUGAUGGCUAUUCUGGAUCUGUCUGUUUUUCGGACUCAAAUUGUGCUAGAAAGCCUGGUAAUGGAUCUGAAAAAGAAAAUCCCAACUUUAAACUUCAGCCCAUUGGGACCCAGUGGGAAGAUCUCUGUGAAAGGUUCAUUUCUGGCUAUCAUGAAGCUUAAACAGGUUUUGAUAUCAAAAGCCAUCUCCCCUUUAGAAAACCACAGGAAGUGUGCCGGCGAAAGGAGAAAUCAAAAUAGACAGAACCCUGGAAGUAUCCUACAGAGAAGCAAGAACUCUGCAGCGGCACUUGGGACCUCUGUACCCAAGGCUGCCAGAAGCCAAGGAACACUUGUGCUUGACACAGAUACUUUCUUUUACCUGAAACACAAGUGUGAGUUUUAUGAGCUAACACUGAGCAAAUACCAUAUCCUGUGUCAGGAGAGGGUGGAUGGUGAUGUCACCACCAUUUGUCUACAGGAUGCUCAUGACGGGUCUCGUUCUAGCAGUGUCAGACACGUGAAAGAGCUCAUUGAAGAGUGGGCCCAGGACCUCCAGCUUGAGCUCAGAAAAGAGACACUAGUUUUAGAAGGAAGGGGAGAUGGAGAGAAAAGAAAUAUUAAGCGGGCUUGUGAGCAUCUCUGUUACAGAUAUCUUAGGGUUUUGAUUAAUCUUCACAGCACACAUAUCGACAUUAUAGGACCUUCUUCGGACACAUUCCUCUUCAAGACAGAGCUUGUAAAAUGUGCAAGGCAAAAGGUCACUGAAGGUGGGGGUUUAAAUGAGUUAGCCAGACCCAAGACAAAUGAUACAUAGGUGUUUAUUAGGUAAGGACUUACACAGAUAAGAGAAAAUAACCACUGAGGUCUUCCUACUCCAGAAGAUGCAGUCUCUGCUCUUUUGAUGCUCUCGGAUACUCAAGAGUGCAUGAACCAUCCCCUCCUCUACCUUAUCAAUGGGUCAUAUCUGUCUGUACCUGAAACCAUGCCCAAAGGAUGUGGUCACUGCUACAAGUUCACUGGCAAGGCAAGUGCCACUCACUACAGGUCACCUGAGGCCUCAGCCACAGUUAAGGUUGUUUUUUCCCUGACAUUGAGAAGUGACCGCUUGCUUCUCAUGUCAUCCAGUUUUCACAGUGUGUAUCAUUGUCUUCAUGUUAUAGGGGGAAAAGAUAGGAUUUAGGGAACUUAAAAUACUCAUCUAAAGUUACCCAGCCAACAAGGACUGGCAUUGAAUACAAAAAUAAUACCUAAAUCAAACUAAAAACAAAACAAAAACAAACAAACAAUCAAAAAACCCAGUAAAAACCUAUCAUUAAACUUUGAAGAAAUUUUACUUCCCCUGCAACUAGAAAUUAUUAGUACCAGAAGUAUUUCCCCUGACGUGGGUUUGUAUGAUUAUUAUGCUGUUGCUAAGUUCUCGGGUGUUGUAUUCACUCCAUCUAGUGUUAGAAUGGUGGCCAAGAUCACCUGGGAAAGGAGUGAUUCUGUUAGAAUUGUAAGGAAUCUUGGGAGAAUUUUGUGUGCUUGCUGUUGUAGAUGAUUCUUGUUUUACAACAGCGUGUCAUCCAGAUGCACAUUGUGAAUUCAAAACAUUGUGAGUAAAAAAAAAAAAAAUGCCUUAAAUCCAUGUAAAUUGUAGAACAUCUUAAUCUUGUGGCUGUGCUGACUGACAGCCUGAGCUUCCUGUGGCUGCUCAGCAUUGGCAAAGAGCAUGGCCCUGUGCAUCACUAGCCUGGAAAAGAGUCACUGUCUGAAGUACAGUUUCUAUUGGCUGUAUCUUCCUUUUGCACCAUAAUAAAGUGCAUAUAGAAAAAUUAAAUUGUGAGUUGAACUGUCAUUGAGCCAAGCAAGGAUCCUCUGCAUUCUGAGCAUCGGUGUUCUUAAUCCUUGGAUGCUAUUACUUUAACAGCACAAUAAUAAAGACAAAGAAAAGCUAUAGUGCUUUAGCCCCAGAGUAAGGCAACUUUACAUAAUGGAGCUCUGCAGCCCAUCCUGGUAUAAUAA